GUUGGGUUUGCUGCUAUUGCGGUCUGCAGGAUCGAUGACCGAUGCGAUCAAUGUCAGUUAUUGCGUAUUGGUCAAAAAUGCGCCAAAGAUGAGGAACAUGAACAUCUGUACUGCGAUAAUACUACAAAUCGAAUUGACAUCCAUGAGCAUUCAUAUUUGGCAUGCGAUACGCAGAAACAUGAAUAUAUUGAGAAACACUGUGGUAUCACAAAUGGUGACAGUAAUUUUUGUCGUACUGCACAUCCGAAGCGUAAUAAACGGCAUGGUGUUGCCGGUUCAGGUCGAGUCGGCGACUACUGCUCAUUCAACACCGAUUGCCUCAAUGUUUGUUUAUCGUGGAAUGUUCUGCUCAGCGGAUGCAUGUACAUGCCUGAGUAAUUUUGUCGCUAUCCAGGGAUACUGCUAUCUCAGUUUGUUUUCAUUCUUUCGGAUUUUAUAA